AAGGGGGGUCUACUCCGCGGGACUUAAAAGCCAAGUAACCCUCGUCAUCAGACUUCGCAACAGGGAACCGUCUCAGUGGAGCUGCAAGUCAUCCUUUCGUCGUGCCGUGCCCUAAUCCCGUUCCCUCUCCGAUGGCGAACACUAUGGCUCGUUCUUUCCUGCAAGCCGUGUCCUCCUCCGAGGAGAUUGCGCCGCCUCUGCGAGUUGUUCAGAUGGAAGGGCUGGCUGUUCUGAAGAUAAUCAAACAUUGCAAUGAAUUCUCACCAGCUUUAGUCACAGGUCAACUUCUUGGUUUGGAUGUUGGGAGUGUUCUUGAAGUCACCAACUGUUUUCCUUUCCCGAUACGGGAAGAAGAUGAGGAGAUUGAAGCAGAUGGAGCCAACUAUCAGCUGGAAAUGAUGAGAUGCUUAAGGGAGGUCAAUGUCGACAAUAAUACCAUCGGAUGGUAUCAGUCAACUUUAUUGGGAUCUUUUCAGACUGUGGAGCUGAUCGAAACAUUCAUGAAUUACCAGGAGAAUAUUAGAAGAUGUGUGUGUAUCAUAUAUGAUCCAUCAAGGUCUUCUCAAGGUGCUUUAGCUCUCAAGGCCUUGAAACUCACAGACUCUUUUAUGGAUCUUCACCGUAAAAAUAAUUUUACUGGGGAGAAGUUGAGGGAAAAGAAACUGUCAUGGGUCGAUAUCUUUGAGGAGAUUCCUAUUAAAAUUUCUAAUUCUGCACUUAUUAGUGCAUUCAUGACAGAGUUAGAGCCUGAAUCUCCUGUUGCCCAGUGUGAUUAUGAUCGACUGAAGUUAUCUACUGCUCCAUACAUGGAGAGAAACUUAGAAUUUUUGAUUGAUUGUAUGGAAGAUCUCUCUUCUGAACAGAAUAAGUUCCAAUACUAUUACCGAAGUCUCUCAAGGCAGCAAGCACAACAGCAAGCAUGGCUUCAGAAGAGGAGGGUGGAGAACAUGGCAAGGAAAGCAGCUGGAGAGGAACCAUUGCCUGAGGAAGAUCCUUCUAAUUCCAUCUUCAAGCCAAUACCAGAACCAUCCCAUUUGGAUAGCUAUCUCAUCACAAAUCAGACAUCCAACUACUGCAACCAAAUUAAUGGAGUUGCUGGUCAGAAUUUCAGCAGAUUAUACCUAAUGAAGGCUUUGCACGAGAAUUAAAUCCAGGAAGGCACACCGAGUGUGCGAUUAUUGGAUGGUAGCUUCACCCAUGGUGGCUACAAAAUUUUGUACUAACUAUGGCGAAAUUCUUAUGUUGAGCUGCUAUCUAAUCAUAGAGGCUCUUGUAGCAAAUUGGUCUUUUAGAAGCAGCUGAAAACCUUGUUUAAGUGCAUUUGGAUCGUAGAAUUUUGAGCAAUGUAAAGUGCCAACUUACAUCCUCCACACUGUUGACAUGAUAUUUACAUACUUGGAAGCUUGCAUAAUGUUGCAAUCUUACACCGCA